UAUUAUAGUCCCUCCUUCCAUUUCGAAAUUACGUCGAACACCUUGUAGGCAGCAAAAACCCUGUACUCUCAUGUCGGCCACCUGACACCCACCGCCGAAUCGCCGAUCACCCAGCGGCGAGCAGGCGGCGGCAGGGCAAGAUGCUAUCCCGCGCGCGGCGCCUACACCCAGCCCUCCGCCGCCUUCUCCUCCCAACCGCCCCUGCACCCUCCCGUGCUCCACCGCACCCACCUCACCACCCCGCCGCCGCCCAAACCUCUAAACCCUUCCAAAUCCCCUUCCGCCGCCACCUCGGCUCCCCGCCACCACGAACGCCGCCGCCGGCAUCACAGCCUCCAGCGGUGAUCUCUUCUGAACUCCCAGCCGUCAGCGCCAAUUCCGUCUGCCCGGGAUGCGGCAUCACCAUGCAGUCCUCGGACCCCGCCCUACCGGGGUUCUUCUCGCUCCCAUCCCCCAAAUCCCCGGACUACCGCGCGCGCCUCGCGCCAAUUACCGCCGACGACACCCUGAUUUCCGCCUCCCUCAAGUCCGGUCAGCUCCGGGAGGGAUUAGAGCCCUCGCGGGGAGGCGAGCCGGCCGCGGCGGCGGCUGAGACGGCGGAGGCCAAGGGAGAGGGCAAGGUGUUGGUGUGCGCGCGGUGCCACUCGCUACGCCACUACGGCCGCGUCAAGCACCCCGACGCCGAGCGCCUCCUCCCGGAUUUUGAUUUCGUCGCCGCCGUUGGCCCGCGCCUCGCGUCGCCGUCGGGGGCCAGGUCGCUCGUGCUACUCCUAGCGGACGCCUCGGACUUCGACGGCUCCUUCCCGCGGGCCGUCGCACGUCUGGUGGCCGCUGCCGGCGAGGCCCACAGCGCGGACUGGAAGCACGGGGCGCCGGCUAACCUCCCGCGCGCGCUGCUCGUGGUCACCAAACUCGACCUGCUCCCAACGCCGUCUCUGUCCCCCGACGACGUGCACGCGUGGGCGCACUCCCGCGCUCGCGCCGGUGCGGGUGCCGACUUGCGGCUCGCCGGGGUGCACCUGGUUAGCGCCGCGCGCGGAUGGGGCGUCCGCGACCUGCUCGACCAUGUGCGCGAGCUCGCCGGGGCGCGCGGGAAUGUCUGGGCCGUCGGCGCGCGGAACGUUGGCAAGUCGACUCUGCUCAAUGCAAUCGCCAGGUGCUCUGGUGUAGUCGGGCGACCCACCUUGACGGAGGCACCAGUUCCUGGGACGACCCUUGAUGUGAUUAAGGUGGAUGGCGUUCUUGGAGCUCAAGCGAAGUUGUUCGACACGCCAGGACUUCUCCAUGGGCAUCAGUUGACAUCUAGACUGACGAGCGAGGAGAUGAAGCUGGUUCAAGUGAGAAAGGAGAUGCGCCCCAGGACCUACAGAGUAAAGACAGGACAAUCUAUACAUAUUGGUGGAUUGGUGCGCCUGGACAUUGAAGAGUUAACUGUAGGAUCAAUCUAUGUUACAGUAUGGGCAUCACCACUUGUCCCACUUCACAUGGGAAAGACAGAAAAUGCAGAAACGAUGAUAAAAGAACACUUUGGCUUACAACUACAGCCUCCCAUAGGCCGGGGUCGGGUAAAGGAGCUCGGUAAAUGGGUGAGGAAAGAGUUCAAAGUUUCUGGGAACAGUUGGGAUACAAACUCUAAAGAUAUAGCCAUUGCCGGUCUUGGCUGGUUUGGAAUUGGACUGAAAGGAGAGGCAGUGUUGGGAUUAUGGACAUAUGAUGGUGUUGAUGUCGUCUCUAGGAGCUCCCUAGUUCAUGAGAGGGCUUCAAUUUUUGAGGAAGCUGGUUUCACAGUUUCACAGAUUGUCUCUCAGGCAGAUAGCAUUACCAACAAACUGAAGGGCACCAAGAAGACAAACAAGAAAAAAGAGAGCAGGACAAGUACUUCACCCAUCACAGCUCCAGAAGCUGUAAAAUCUGCUUCCACCAUAGAUGCUUGAGUGUGUUCUCAUGCAGUCCUGUGACUGGAGUAUUGCUUCGGUGGCCAUGUUCUGGGUGACUGGAGUAUUGCUUCUGUGAUCAUGUUCUAGCCCACAAUGUUCCACUUUGGCCCUAGAAGCUGUAACUGAAAUCAGAAGCAUACAUAGGCCUGGGCCCACAAUUUUCUUCAGAAGGGGCCCUGUGUUCAUUAACGGUUUUCUGGUAGGGAACUGUGCUUUAACGCCCUAAAUUUUGAACCUUUACUUAUUUGUUUGGAUGGUAAGACCUAUGUGGAGAGUCGGUCAGUCAUUUAGGAAUACACCAUGUGACGUAUGCAAACUUAUAAUAUUCCAACACAAGUACUUGUAUUCCAGGUUUACAUUUGGAUCUUGUUAUAAAAUUUUGGAUUUUACAAUUGUUUUGUAAAGUUAUAGCCCUGGACCUUCAUAUAGGUUCCGCAAUGACC